CGGUGUGAGUCCCGAACAGAGGCAGGAUCAUGUCCCCGCUGCUGGUGCUGGUGCUCGGCCUGCUCCUCCCGCUGCUCCUGCUGGUCCUUCGCGGCAGGACGAGACGAGAAGAUGAGCCUCCUUUAAUAAAAGGCUGGAUUCCUUUCAUUGGAAAAGCUCUGGAGUUUGUGAAAGAUGCCCACAAAUUUCUGAAAGAACAUAAGAGGAAGUUUGGAGAUGUGUUUACGGUCCAGAUAGCAGGUAAAUACAUGACCUUCAUCAUGGACCCUUUACUGUAUCCCAACAUCAUCAAACAAGGCCGGCAGCUGGACUUUCACGAGUUCUCCAACAGGGUGGCACCAUUUGCCUUUGGCUAUCCACCUGUUACUAGCAAGUUCCCCGGCCUGCGGGAGCAGAUCAAACGCAGCUUCAUUCUCCUCCAAGGCGAUAACCUCACGCCCCUGACAGAGAGCAUGAUGGGUAACCUGAUGCUGGUAUUUCGUCAGGACUACCUGGACCAGGAGAGCAGCUGGAAGACCGCCUACAUGUACAAGUUCUGCAGCUCGAUCAUGUUCGAGGCCACCUUCCUCACCAUGUACGGCAAGCCGGCAUCCGCCAGCCGCCACAGCGGGAUGAGCGUCCUGGAGAAGGACUUCAUCAAGUUUGACAACAUGUUUCCGCUCCUCGUCGCUCAGAUACCCAUCUGGCUGCUGGGACGGACUAAGGCAAUCCGCCAGAGGCUCAUCAACUACUUCCUGCCCCACCAGAUGUCUUGUUGGUCACAUUCUUCAGAGUUCAUCAGGACACGAUUCGAGAUGUUUGAGCAGUAUGACACGCUGAGAGAUUUCGACAAAGCAGCUCAUCACUUUGCCAUCCUGUGGGCGUCUCUGGGGAACACAGUUCCUGCUACUUUCUGGGCCAUGUAUUACCUGGUGAGUCACCCUGAGGCUCUGCAGUUCGUCCGUCAGGAGCUCGAGGACGUCCUGAGACUCAGCGGAGUGGAAUUCAGCAGAGAUCAGGAUGUGACGCUGACCCCGGCUCACCUGGAGAAGCUUCUCUACAUGGAGAGCGCCAUUAAGGAGAGCUUCCGCCUGUGCUCGUCCUCCAUGAACAUCCGGGUGGCUCAGGAGGACUUCAGUCUGCGUCUGGAUGCCGAGCGCUCGGCGGCCGUCAGAAAAGGAGACAUCAUCGCCCUGUACCCUCAGGCUUUGCACCUGGACCCUGAGAUCUACGAGGACCCAGAGACGUUCCGGUUUGACCGCUACGUGCAGAACGGCCAGAAGAAGACCGACUUUUACAAGGACGGCCAGAAGCUCAAGCAUUACCUCAUGCCUUUCGGCUCAGGUGCCACCAAGUGUCCCGGCCGUUUCUUCGCAAUCAAUGAGAUCAAACAGUUCCUGUCCGUGAUCCUGCUUUACUUGGACCUGGAGUUGGAGGAGGGCCAGAGCAAAGCCACCCUGGACCUCAGCAGAGCCGGCAUGGGAGUCAUGCUACCCGCUAAAGAUGUCCGGUUCCGCUACAGGCUGAGGCCCGUCUAACCGGGACCGUGAUGGCAUCAGUGAUUCAGCACGCAGCAGGUGGAGUUCCUCUGCGCGGGCAUAUCCAAUCUGGUGUUCUUUGAAUUCUCGAUCACGUUCUGCUCAGAUUUUUCUAAUUUCUGCUGUGAUUCAGCUUCAUUUUCAGUCGUCCUGGUUCCCUGUGAGCAUCGACCUCACGGCGUGCACUUCUGUGCACAGCCGGGACAGUGACAGACCAGAAAGAACCAGACGUGCCUGCUGCACACUAACGGCUGUGGAGACGUUGGACAGGGUGGAGCUUCCAGCCUGUCUGAUUUGUUGCUUUAACCUCCUAAGACCCGAACUCUUCCACAACAUGCAUUUUUGAUUUCUCUUUGAUAUUUAGGCUGAUUGGGGCCCAAUGAAUGUAAAAACAAAGAAUUACCAGAUUUU